CUCUCAGUUUUUUUUUCUGCUGUUUCCGGUCUGGAAAUGUUUAUUUCUGCCAUCACCAUAUUUGGUAAGGGCGUUCCACGCGGCACGCACUACGUCACCAGCCGCGUCACGUCCGGUUCUCUCUCUUUCCCGUCCGCUCUCUCGACAUGGCGCCGAUCAAGCAGAAGAGGCCGACUGUUGGCAAGAAGUCCAAGAAGGGCGCUGCAUGGAGGUUCACCUUGGACCUGACCCACCCUGUGGAGGACGGCAUCCUGGACUCUGCAAACUUUGAAACCUUCCUCAAAGAGAGGAUAAAGGUCAACGGGAAGACGGGCAAUCUGGGUAGCAUCGUCCAGGUCGGCCGCAUGAAGAACAAGAUCAACGUCACGUCUGAGAAGCAGUUCUCCAAAAGGUAUCUGAAGUACCUCACCAAGAAGUACCUGAAGAAGAACAACCUCCGUGACUGGCUGAGGGUGGUGGCGUCUGACAAGGAGACGUACGAGCUGCGGUACUUCCAGAUCAGUCAGGACGACGAGGAGUCCGAGGCGGACGAGUAAACCGCCGGUCUGUGUGCGUCAGCAGCUCGAGCAGGAGAAUAAAUGUGGAAAAAUGA